CUUUUCAGAUGAACUGUCACGGUAGUUGUAGUCGGUCUUCCGUGAUACCCUCUGCGACCUUCUACGGUCAGCACGCAUCACACAAACGUGUCGCAUUGUUAGUAAUUCUUUUUAUCUAGUUCUCGUGUAAAUAUAAAUACAUUCUUCUUUAAUGUGUACAUCCUGUGUAAAAACGCAUCGUUUAUACAUUUUGUAAAGCAACUUUUAUAUCAAUUUCGGUUCGCUGUUUUCGCAAAUGUAUCCAAGUGGAAGUAGCGGAAGUCCACUUCUCCGUAAUCUCUUUUGAUAAAGAAGUUUUAAUGGACAAAACAAUUCUCAAGUACAACAAUUACGAACGGAAGUCGUAACGCAAAGCGCCCAGAGGCGUUGUAUCUGAACCCAAGAUUCCGUUUUGUAACAUAAUGACCGCGGAUGGUGCUUUGGAGGACCGUCUACCAACAUGGUCGCAGGAUGUGCCUACGGUCCAGGAAGUGAGCGAAAUGAUGCGAAGUUUCGGAAUGUGGGACUACCUGGUUUUCGCGUUCAUGCUGAUGACCUGUGGCCUAGUUGGGAUUUACUUUGGUUUCAUUAAGAAAUCGUCAGGGGAGGACGAAUACCUCGUGGGUGGAAGAAACAUGAAGACCUUCCCCGUCAGUUUGAGUCUAAUAGCCAGCUUCAUAUCUGGAAUCUCAUUACUGGGUACACCGACGGAGGUUUACAUGCAUGGUACCAGCUACCUUUGUAUAUGUUUUGGGGUAAUCAUCGUCGGUUUCGUGAUGUCUGGAAUAUAUUUACCUGUCUUCCAUGAACUUAGACUGACAAGUACCUACGAGUAUCUCGAGAAGCGAUUUAAUAAAAAGAUUCGAAUUCUGGGAUCGGUGCUUUUCUCGAUCAGCGUCAUGACAUGGCUUCCUAUCGUUAUUUACGUACCUGCCCUAGCUUUCAAUCAAGUCACUGGGGUGAAUGUGCACAUAGUGACUCCGUUCGUGUGUAUCGUGUGCAUUUUUUACACCUGCGUGGGUGGUUUACGCGCGGUGGUGUGGACCGAUUUCAUUCAAGCCUUCAUAAUGUUCGGUUCUAUGCUAUUGAUCGUUAUCAAGGGGACGAACGACGUGGGUGGAUUAUCAUUGGUGUUGAGGAGAAAUCUGGAAUCUGGAAGGCUCGAGUGGCCCACGACAGAUUGGAAUCCUCUUACGAGGCACACAAUUUGGUCUCUAGUGAUUGGUGGUUUCGUUCACUGGUUGCAAAUAUCCGCUAUCAAUCAAAAUAUGAUACAGCGAUACCUCGCGUUGCCCACGUUGGGAUCGGCUAGAAGAGCACUCUGGUAUUUCAUAGUCGGAGUCUUGAUUUUAAUGGGAACAUGCGGAUACGCGGGAAUGUUAAUAUAUGCCUGGUAUCAUGAGUGUGAUCCACUUACGACCAAGCUAGCAGGUGCGAAGGACCAAUUACUACCACUGCUCGUCAUGAACAUAUUAAGAGACAUGCCAGGACUUCCGGGUCUCUUCGUCGCUGGCGUAUUUAGCGCAGCUUUGAGUUCUCUGUCCACUGGUUUAAACUCCAUGUCCGCGGUGGUGCUGGAAGACUUCGUGAAACCCUUCAGGAAGACACCAUUUACUCCUAAAGUGGCAGAUACUUUAAUGAAACUCACGGUGGUCGUUUUAGGGAUAAUUUGCGUGGCACUCGUGUUCGUUGUCGAGAAAACGGGGUCCCACGUUUUGCAGUUGUCAACGAGCUUGGCGUCCAUUACCAGUGGUCCUUCUCUCGGUAUUUUCAGCAUGGGUGUCCUCUUGCCAUGGGUGAACGCCAAUGGUGCUCUCAUCGGUGGCCUUUCCGGUUUGGGCUUCAUGGGAUGGAUCAGUCUUUCAGCUGAAACAGCGAUCGCCAGUGGGAGAUUGAAGUUCGACGAGAAACCCGUCACGACGGAGGGGUGCUAUUACUCCUUUCCUCAAGUAGAGAAUCUGUUGCUGUUCGAUCCUCCAGAUUCGAUUUUGGAGGACGACGAUUUUCUCCCAGAACCUUUAGCGUUGUAUCGUCUCAGUUACCUUUGGUACACCGUGACAGGUGCCUUGGUGACGAUGAGCGUUGGCCUUGCUGUCAGUCUUAUCUCGUCAGAAAAUGUUGAAAAGCUGGAUCCGAUGCUGCUGGCCCCGAUCAUACGAAAAUUCUUGAAAACGUCCAAUAAAGAAGUUGAACCAGUUGAGCCUGGAAGCUUAGACGUUGGUCUUGAGGUACGAAGAACCAGGGGGGAGGGCACGACCGAGAGCGUAUCAUUGGUCUGACCUUGACCGACGGUUAUUGAUGUUGAUCGAAUCAGAGGUCGACAAACCGUAAGCGACGAAAGUGUUUGGUUGACAAGCUGAAAUAUUAAAUUAGCCGUGCCCGGAAUAUAACAUAAGUUAGGCCAAUCAUGAAAUGUAAGGUACGAAAUGACUCGUGCAGAGCUCGAACAAGUGGAACGCUGACGAACAAGACCGAGCUCAUGAUUACAUGUAGUCUAAUCACUUUAGAUUCGAUUACGGUGGUAUUUUUGUCGAGCUGACUUUCCGCGUAUACAUUUAUUCGGUCGUAGAAAUUAAUUUUUCAUAGAUUUCUUAAAAAUAGGCGUUAUCACCCACUUGAGGAACAAAUAAAUGGACUCUUGUUUUGCUUUAGUCGCGUGUACACAAGCCAAUGCAAUUUUUACCCGUAAAUCAAUUUUGACGAAUGUAUAUGUUGGCUCACUUUAAUGUUGUACAUUUCUUUCACUCUAAAAGGUAUUGUGUUCGUAAGUAAUGGUAAUUUUGAUAUAAAAGCAAACGUAUACGUAAGUGUCAAUAUCCGUCGAGAGGUUGAAUAUAGAGAUAAGGAACUUACUGCCUAACAAUUUAAAUUAAAACCUUCCAGCAUUAAUAAAUAGGAAUAAAUGAGUAACUAGGAAUACGGAUACAUUAAUCUUCGUACCAACAAUAACUUUAAAAACUUCAAGCCAUUCUAACUAUUGACUAUAAUAAAACUUAUAAUGCAAGAAUAAUAAAAAUGCCUUGGCUAUAAGAAAAAUAUAACAAAAGAAUAUGGAAAAAAUCAGUUUGGUAAAAUAUUGUAAUAGUAUCCUGUACAUUUUAGUCUAAAGUGAUUAGGUUAUUAAUCAUCCAAAUUCUAGCGACGAAGAAUUGUUCGGUACCGAAUAUAAACAGGAAUAAAAAGAAGACGAUAUACGUGUUUGCUUGUUUUUUUCUAUUUUUUACAUUUACCCAUAGAUCUAGUAUAUUUCAUACGUGUAUUUCAACGUUGACGAAGAUGUACAAAGACAAAAAAAAUGUGUAUACAUAUAUGUGCAGUAUUAUCCUAAUAAUAUACUAGCUUUCUUUUUAGAGACGUUGUACUUUCACUGGAAAAAUGUGUAACAUUCAAUGCGAGAACGAUGAAACUUUCCCAACGUGUUUUUCCUUCGCUUCCAUUGUUCCUUGUGCGCAAAGGAAAAACGAAAAGUAAAGAACAAAGGCGCACAGCUUUUUGUCGGGUG